UAAGGUCAGGAAAUAGAAAAAAAUAUUUGAAAAUGCAGAAUAUUAUCAGAACCAUUGAAGGAUGCAAUGCCAUUCGUUAUGCAUCUUAUAGAACUGCAGCAAAAAUGCAAAUUUUACACAAAGAACUUAGUAUGCAAUAUAUUCAAUUAGAAUUAAUUGCUGGCAUUUUUGAGCGACAUAGGCUUUCAAUAACAGAAAAUUGUGUGAAUUUAGAUCCAAGCGAAAUUGAAGAUGUUCUCUCUGAUAUUUACUUUGCAGCUUGUAAGGAGAAUAAUACUAAUUUUGAUGUUGAUAAUACAACAAAACUUGCAGUGGAUUAUAUCUUAAAUACAUUUGAUAAACAAUAUACUAGAAGUGUUUCCGUAUUUUCUGUGAAAGUUGCUUUAAUAUUAAUGAGCUCUGGAAGAUUACAAGAAAAGUAUGGUUACUUUUAUCAACAAUUAGCUGAUCAUAAUGCAUGCUUGUCUAAAGCCAGCUUACACACAUUGUUAACAAGUUUUUGUAAGAUAACUGAAAUGCUAGGAGAAUGUGCUGUUUAUGGGUAUCAAAAUAUCCAAUCACAUAUUGAUAAUUGUUUUUCAAAGUCUCAAGGAUGCCUUGGAGUCACAGAAUCAGAGUUUGCAGCAUGGAUUAUGCAAGAACCUCCCUUACUUGUUUGGAUAACAACAUUUAAUCGCAUUAAAUCAGUAGAGCACAUCACGCACAAUAUAAGGUGCUGUUCCUGCAAAAUAACACCUAUUCAAGGACCUCGUUAUACAUGCAUGAAGUGUACAGCAUAUCACCAGUGUCAACAAUGUUUUCUGUAUGGUAAAGUAUCAGGAAAACAUAAAUUGAAGCAUCCAGUUCGUGAAUUCUGUACCAAGACAUCGAAUCGUGAAAUAACGAAGUUAAUUAUUGAACUAAUAAGGAAUAAAUUAAGACUGUGUUCUACCAGGUCAAUUGAAAUGAACACAGAAGAUCAAACAUUACAAAUAACUAGCAACGAAAUAGGACACACAGAUAACGAAUCAAUAAGAAGUACAAUGAGAAGGCGAGUUUUAAACGAUCCACAAAAAGAACUGCAAAGCAUAAUAACUCAUCUAGAAGAAGAAAAUAAACAAUUGCAAAUUGAAUUACUUGAUAUACGAGGUACUAAAGCAGAAAGACUUCAACGGCAUAGAGCUACCAUUGAAUCACAGUUACAACGUUUAAAAAUAUUAAAAAAAUAUUUGUUUGCUGAUAGGACUCACAUGCCUCAUCUAAUUAAUUACAUGCAAAGUACACCAAUGAUUCCUCCCUUAUCAUCAAGAUUAGCUGCUUUACCCAUAAAUUUUGAGUUGAGUCCAAUAAUUCGGCAAGAAAAUAUCGAGCAAAGUUCAAAUCUAAAUGAUACAGAUAUAUUACAACCAAAUAAUUUUAAUCCAACACUAUCUGGAGAAUGUAUCAUCGAAGAAAGCAAUGAUGUCGAAGAAGCUUCCACAAGCACAAAUUUUGGUAAUGCGCUAGAACCAACUCACAUAGAACUGAGUACAUGGAUUGGAGGUAAUAAAAGAUCGGAAAUAAAUCCUAUGGAUAGUGGCUUCUCGCAAUGGUUGGGAUCCAAUGAUUCUGGGUCGAAGAAAGAAAAAUAUUCAAUGAAAACAGUGACACCAAGCACUGAGAACGAAUCGCCGUUGAUUAUCUCAGACUCCCUUAUGGGUAUUUACAGAGAUAAUACACCAUCUUCACUUCAACGGCCUGAUAAGCAUUCACAACACAGUAGUUUGCAAAAUAUUCAAGGGGAUUUAAAUGACAUACUAGACAGGUUGCAAAAUAUGGUUGCAGACGAUUGUUUACUGGAUGAUUCUUAUGUAGCUAACGAUAACUGCAAAUUAAAACGUGCUACAACAGAAAUGGAAGAUUUAUUAACAGGUCUUAUUCAGGGUAUGGAAUCCCGUAAAAGUAAACUUACUACUAUCGUGUGACGAACUUUUAAAUUAGGAAUAGUGCCUCGUAACUUCAAAAUUGAUGUUUAUGAAAUAAAUGUGUCCGUCCAAGAAAAUAUAGAUAUCAUGAAGUCAUGCAUUUUAAAUAAUACUCGUUUGUAAGUAACUGACAUGAAGUGUUGGUAAAGUAUUUUACAUCUAACUAUUAGAUAGAAAUACGUAUUAUGCAUCGGUGCAAAGAUUGGAAUAAAUUUCUUUGUAUUAAAAGAGAA